UGAGUUGGUGUCGGGCUUUGGACUUGAUCGCUCGCCCGCGAUUUGGAGCGUUCGUUUAUAUUACAAUUCAAAAAUAAUAUUAUAGAGGUCAUUACCGUUCGGUCUAUGACCUUUUUUGUAACUGUGUCACAGAUAGAAAUUUUGGUUCCGUGAGUGAGUGGAUUUCGAUACUUCGGUCGAAAAAUACAUAUUUUCUUAUAGUGGUUUUCGCGUCAAGAAAAUGAUAAAGUGCGCGUCCGCGAGUUCUACAUCGCGAUGCAGCGUUGCCCCUACAUCCACGAGAUGAAGGAGCGGCUGCUGGGAGCCCCUGCUGACCCUGAACGUGCACCAGAACAGCCUGACCCUCAGGUCGGGACCAUUGUCAAACUGAAUUCCGACGGGUACGGUUCCCACACGUCGCCGGCGCGAGCUCCACUCGUGGCAGACGAGUGCGAUGCGCCGGCUGACGAAACAGAUGCGCUCGCGCCGGUCGAGGAGAUGAGAUGCUGUCAACCUGACACUAAACCUAAAAAUGCCAAGACUUCAUUGUUCAUAAUUUCGAGUUUCAUCUACGCGAAGCUGCUGGUGGUCGUGUGUAUUGCCUACGUCAUCAGCGAUGUCAUUACUCACAACCUGCCUCUCUACUACUACGAAGGUUUCUUCACCUACUUGUAUGGCAUGAGUAUCCUGUUCUUGCUCUACGUAUUUUGUUUCCUUCUGCAAGAGAGUUCUUGCUGUAAUGGAAGCCCACCAAAACCGAAACCUCCGCCAAAAGAAAAGAAAGAAAAGAAAGAGAAGAAAGAAAAAGAAAAGAAGACUAAGGAUAAAGAAGGCAAAGACGUGAAGGAGGGCAAAAAGGAUGGAAAAAAUAAGGACAAGGAUAAGAAAGAAGAUGCCAGCAAGGACAAGACAAAAGAGAGCAAGAAGCAAAGCCAAUUUCAGGAGGUGUAUCCCCGUAAGAUGCGUGAUAAAGUUCGACAACAGGAAUUGCAAAUACAAAUGGAGCAAUUUUAUGCCUCCGAUCAGCAACAAGAUGUGGUUGAGCUGGAAGCUGGCCCUAUAGCUCGCCCAAUGCGUCGUCGCAAGACCUCUCAAAACGAACACAGCCAUGGCAGCUUCUUUUUAAGAAUCGGCGCAAUAGCUUUUGGUCUCGGAACUAUGAUUUAUAACGGCUUAGAGUUCGGAACAUUCUUUGAAUUGCCCCUUGAGUCGCCUUGCUACUUAAUUUUAAAGGGUGUAAAUCCUGUUCUACAAAUGGUUUUCACGUUUAUGCAAAUGUACUUUAUAUUUAUGAAUUCUCGCCUAAAUAUUCAUCGAUUCAAGGUUAUUGCCAGAUUUGGCUUAAUGCACGUGGUGGCUACUAACAUUUGUGUGUGGAUUCGCACCUUAGUUUUGGAGUCCUUGAAAGAAAUUACCGACUAUUAUGUGAAGAAUCCUCAAGGGGUUCCUGGGGAGGGUGUUUUAGGAAAAGUUAUCCGGAAGCACACCUUAAGACACUCAGGAAAAGUAUUUGGCGCAGUAACUACCGCCACCACAACAAUAGCUUCAACAGUAGCGACAGUUGCUAAAACAACAGGAGGGCAAAUAAUGAAUGCAAUCACUUCUACUUCCACCCCAGCGACAACGACCACAACGACAACCUCCUCACGUUACAUUAACGGUGGCGGUUUUAUUCCUAAAUCCAAAAUCAUAGAUUCUAUAAAAAGCACCGUAGGGUAUGAUAGUGGCUUGUCUUACGGCCGGGACUUCAAGGAUGUUUGGCCUAAUGAUAAUCCAUUUACCACAACAUCCACCGUACCACCAAUGACAGAAGUCGAUAAAGUGACCCAAACCCAAACAGCUAUGUUGGAAGUAUUCCAAUGGCUUUAUUCUUCUACCGUGAAACCGGUUAUAAGUACCAUGUCUACUUUGGUGGCUUCUACCACUUCAGGAUCUCUGCCUUAUGAUAAAGACGAAUGGGGCAAUAGUAUUGAAACAUACCGCGUUGAUGAACCACCUCACUCUCCAGCUAAUAACUCUACGGAAAUCUUCGAGUCAUUUGAUAAUUUGAAUCCAGCUGCUCUGAUCGCUAAUAUCGACAACACUACGGUUUGUGGAAGAAAUCCUAUAAUGGGAACCAUUGUUACCGACUCGGCCCCAUACUUGUAUCCUUUCAUUAUUGAAUACUCUUUAAUUGGAGCUGCAGUGAUAUAUGUCAUGUGGAAACAUAUUGGACGCCACCCCAGCGUUGCCAACGACGAAGAUCUGGAAAGACGUCUGGAAGCUGUUCUCUCCCGCAGGGCAGCGGCGUUGGCGGCGGCUCAGCGUGGCAACCGUGUGGACUGCGCCGGCGCAUCUAAAGGGCUCUUCUGUGGUCUUCUCCUCCUCGUUGCUUCUCUCAUCUGCUUGAUUCUCUUUUUCGUCCUCAUAAGACAUCAAGAACUGAAACGGCUCUCCAUUUACUUGGCUGACGUUUCUCAUUGCGCUCUAAUGGUGUUGUCUAUCUUUGCUAUCCUGAUCGGAUUUAUACGUGGUAAAAAAUUAAAAUGGACCUCAAAUCCCUCUUCCUGUACCGAACCUCUUCGCAGGGUGCAAUCUUUGAAGUUCCGUUCAGAAGAGCAAUCUGACUUGAAUGAUAUUCUGCUGCGUGUCUCGGCAUUUGGACUCUUUGUGUAUGCCGUAUUCAGCGUGAUUGCUGGCGGAAUGGGCGCUUUUACUCACGAACCCAAUCUCCUGGUCAUGAUUACCGGAUGUCUGAGUGUGCUUCAGGUCGUCUUGCAGUUGUUGUUCAUAGCGGAUGUUUCCCGUCGCCGUGUCCAUCUCCCGGAACAGGAACGUAGUAAGCCGGCACGUCAAGCUGUCACCUUCUUGCUCAUUUGCAAUGUGACCAUGUGGCUCAUCUACACCUUCGAAGCCCAGAAAGUUCUCGCUAAUCCGGUUCAACUCGAUUUCUACGGAUUCGUCGCCUGGUCUCUCGUGCAGCGUUUCACUCUUCCGCUUUGCAUAUUCCAUCGUUUCCACUCGGCUGUCACCCUCGCUGAGAUAUGGAAGACGAGCUACAAAGCGCGUCUCGAGUGAACUAACUCAGCGGAAGAAUGUUGAAGAUCUUAACACAUUCAUUAUAAUUUUGUAAGGGUGUUAAAAAAUUCUAUUUCGUCCUGGUCCGGGACAGCAAUUUUAAACUUAGAAUGUUUUAUUGCCUGUUUCAAAUUCGUACUAGCGAAUUUCAUAUUUCUAGAGUAGAUAAGGUAGGUGUAAAAACGAUCGAAUUUCCUUUUAUAUAGUAACAGCCUACUGCGAGUACCUAAUUGCUCUCCCGGCACGAGCCACAUAUCUUGAUUCUGAGAUCAUAUCCCACCACAACAACUUACGACCUUCAUUUUCUUAAUACAUUCCACAACACAAUAGUUUUGCAUUAAAUUAAUUUUACAAAGACUGAAUGAUUUUAAAGUGAAUAUACGUAUUAAACCUUUGCUCACGAACAAAAAAAAAAAUUAUAAAUUUCCAGUUGUGAAACGUUCCCUCCUUUGUUAUAAAUAAUUUGAGUGCCAUUGUUAUAGAGUAUAAGGCAUUUUAAUUGGACAAUAUUAAGCGAUCGUGGGGUUAGAAAGAGCAAGAUACGGACAGAAUAGCACUCAGAAUAAUUCAGUUACUUCAGUAGUAAUAGAUGAUCAAUUUUCAAAUCAACUAAGAGACGUAAUUAGAGCGUUAGGUUUAACAAUGCUACGAUAUUUAAUGUGUCAGAAGAUUUAUUAGAACUACUUACUAAUUCGAUAGUGUAGUAGAAAGAUUAUAUACAAAUAUAGUUCGUCGAUAUAUCAUAUUAAUAAAUGUACUUAAAGCUAUAGCAGACAGAACGUAGAGCAGUAAACUGCUUGUUGAGAUGGUUAUUUGGUUUAUUGAAAGGGGCCAUACAAAUUUAUAACUAUCCGCACAUUUCUUCUUAAGCAUGCCUAUAUAAAACACUUUCGAUGUAAUUUUGUUGUUCUAGAUUUUAGAAUCUUUAAGGAUGAUGACUAUGUGCUGUUUACUUAACGUGGCUACGGAAGCGUUUCUUCUUGAAUGUGAUUUACGAACAGUAAUUAUUUAGAAUUUGAAAGGAUUGAAAUGUUUUGCGUUAAAAUCUCACUGCAAAUAUUUUCGUAACGAAUUUUACGUGCAAUCUAUUUUUAUAGGCUGACUUAUUUUAAUGGUAGGUAAUAACCUAUCCUUUUGGAUUUAACGACGAUGUAUUCGGAGAUAUCAUUUCUACUUUACAGAUUUUGUAUAAAUAGAACAUAUAAAUUAUUUAUAAUAUAUUUAUUAAUUUUUGUAAUUAACUUUUAAGGUUUAAUUGUAAUCGAUUUCUUCAAAAUCGGUUAGUGAGUUAUCUCACUUUGUGUGAUUUCGAGUGAAUGUAGUUCGGGUUUUUUGACUGGUACGUUAUUAUUAUCUUGUUAUUAUUACGCAAAUCGUCAAAAUUUAUAGAUUAUUUGUACGCAUAACAAUAGCAUUUUUGUCUAACGUACGGCGGUAUGCUGGUGUUAAAGUGUGUUUGGCUUGUUUAAUCACUGCCGUUAUUAUAAACCACAUCUUAAUAGUAAGUAUUUGAUAAAUCUAUACUAUUUCUAACUUGAUCAAUUUUGUAGUGAUAUUUACUGUGUACCUUAAUGUUUGGAACAAAAUGUACCGAUGUUUGUAUCUUUAGGUUUAAACAUUAAUAAAUGAAUAAUCAAGUCAGUGUUAUAGAUACUUACCAAAAAUUAAAAGUUUGGAAUCUCUACAUACUUUAAAUAUAUAAUAAUUAUAAAUGUCUAUUUGAAUAAAUUAAAUAAUAUUACUUAUGUGA